GCUCCCUCUUCAACACAUGUGUGGGUCCAUGCGUCCACAGACGGCUGGCAGCGCUUGCUGAAGAACAUCAGAAACAGGGCUGAGAUGUGGGUGCACAUAAUUGUGACCUCUGUGCUUCUUCUGUCAGGAGUCGGGGCAAGUAAAUGGCUGGUGUAUUUCUCCAGGACGGACAUCUGCGUUUGGGCCGGGACCACGGUAACGCUGCCGUGCCGCUAUGAUUACCCCUCGCCCUACAGCUCCACACGGGUCACAUGGUUUCACAUCUCUGCAGAAGGCCGACGGGAAAUCGCCUACCAUACUGAUGGGAAUCUGUUGAGCCCCUCGUACAGGGACAGGAUCAAAUACAUGGGGGGCCACAAAAGAUGCAGUUUGCAGAUCACGAACGCGAAGCUGAGCGAUGCAGGAACGUACCAUUUCAGAUUCGAGACCGACAACCAGCAGGGCCGAUGGACCUCUCCUGAUGCCAUCACACUGUCCGUCACAGGAGUCGGGGAAAGUAAAUGGCUGGUGUAUUUCUCUAGGACAGACAUCUGCGUUUGGGCCGGGACCACAGUAACACUGCCGUGCCGCUACGAUUACCCCUCGCCCUACAGCUCUACGCGGGUCAUGUGGUUUCACAUCUCUGCAGAGGGCCGACGGGAUGUUGCCUACCAUACUGAUGGGAAUCUGUUGAGCCCCUCGUACAGGGACAGGAUCAAAUACAUGGGGGGCCACAAAAGAUGCAGUUUGCAGAUCACGAACGCGAAGCUGAGCGAUGCAGGAACGUACCAUUUCAGAUUCGAGACCGACAACCAGCAGGGCCGAUGGACCUCUCCUGAUGCCAUCACACUGUCCUCCAACAAGCUGUCAGCCAUCUAUAACUUUGACAGUCAGCAUGCAGGUACCUACACCUGCCGUCCAAUACCACCUCAAAACGUUCAGUCACCGGGAGUCACCCUGGCUCUUGGAUAUGCUCCUCGCUACACCACGAUACAGAUCACCCCCCGAGAGGCAGUCAGAGAGGGCGAUUCGGUGACUUUGACCUGCAGUAGUGAUGGAGCUCCGCCAGCAGAAAGUUUUGCCUGGUUUAAAGAAGGAGAGAGUGGCAGUGUGCCAGACAGCUUUAGACCUGAGCUGAGAUUGUGGAGUUUGGACUACAGGGACCAUGGAGAGUACUUCUGUGUGGCCCGUAACCCGCUCGGCACAGACCGGUCCAGACCGAUUUUACUGAAUGUUACCUACUCCCCAAAAAACACAAGAAUCCUCAUCAGUCCUAAAGGAGACAUCAUGGAAGGGUUUGCUGUCAAUCUGACCUGCAGCAGCAGUGCUAACCCUCCCAUAGAGAAAUAUGCCUGGUACAAAGUGAAAGGCAGUCAGCCCUGGACCAAAGGCACUGUGCAAAAUCUCACCUUCCCUAGCGUGCGUUCCCAUCAUGCCGGACAGUACUACUGUACUGCAUGGAACGUGUUCAGCAUGGGGACAUCGCCCACUAUUUCCCUUUCAGUACUUUAUGCCCCCAAAAACACCUCUGUGUUGGCACGGCCUUCCACUGUGAUCGAAGCGGGCAGCUCGUUGACGCUGACCUGCAUCAGUCAGGCCAAUCCGGCGGUGGAGAACUACACCUGGCACCGGAUCAAUGCGCCCGUUUGA